AUGGCAGCACUACGAACAAAUGGCUCGAAAAGGUUUCUUUUCCCGAUUGUCAAUUUUUCGACGCUUCUGAAUGAGUUUGCUAUGAUGGUGAUGAUUUUCUCGAGCGCGGAUUCAUUGAGUAAUAAUUGUCCGUCUUCAACUGCUGUUACCACUGGGAGCAUAGUACCGACUUAUAAUGCACAUUGUUCUUCCCGGAAUUCGAUUCCGCCGAGAAAUCAAGGUUCGACGGCUCAUUGCGACCUCAACAAAAAGCCAUCGAUAAUAGGCGGUAUUAAUACAGAUCAAAAGAAUGAUAUUGUAAACGAUUAUAAUAAAUUAAAUAAUGAUCAUAUAGAAAAAAUUCAAUCAGUGCUCUUUGGACUACGGCACAUGAAUUGA